UGCGUUUGUAUUGUGUAAAAAAAUUAUAAAAAUGAAAGCAAGAUGUGAAGAAAAAGAAAGAGAGAAGGAAAGAAAUUUCUGUGCCGUGUAUGCAUCCCCUCUUUUGCUCCUGCUCCUCAAUCUUCAUCCCCGGUCCUCGCUCUCGCACGGCCGCGCCGGCGCCCGAUUCCGCGGUCUCCGUUCCCGCUGGCGAGCGGUGACAUCCUGGAUACCUGAACGGCUUGACCCAUCGGGGCAUCGAGCUCGAGGUGGCUCCGCCGCUAGAGCACCUGCAGUAGAUUUGCCGGCUGGACUCGGGUGGGAGUCCCCAUGGCGUGGAUCUGGGUGGUCGCGGCGGCCGGAGCAAUCCUCUUACUGUGGGCGGUUUCCCUCGGCCGGAUCCUCUCCUCCCCGGCGCUCUACUGCCUGCCUCCGAGCCCCCGCUUCUCGCCCCCUCUCCACGGCGACAGGAGGAGCAGGAACGUGCUCCUGGUGCUCGCCCACCCCGACGACGAGUCCAUGUAUGUUUUUUAGUCCAACGAUUCUUUUCCUCGAAUCAAAAGGUCACAAGCUUCAUGUUUUGUGCAUGUCUCUUGGUAACGCUGAUGGUUUCGGAGAUACUCGUAAAGAAGAAUUGUACAAUGCAUGCGCUACUCUUAAGAUUCCAGCUGAGCAAGUUGCAGUCUUGGACCAUCAAAAUUUGCAGGAUGGGUUUCAUGAGGAAUGGGAUCAUGGACUACUAGCAGAACUUACCAUGGAGCAGAUCCAACUGUGGGAUAUCGAUACAAUUGUGACCUUUGAUUCCUAUGGAGUAUCAGGCCAUCCGAAUCAUCGUGAUGUUCAUCAUGGCAUAUGCAAGCUUCUUCAUGAGAAUCAGCAAGAAAAUAUUGAAGCGUGGGAACUUGUAAGCCUGAACAUGUUUCGGAAAUACAGUGGUGCAGUUGAAAUUUGGUUAUCUCCGUUGAUCUCGUCAAGUUCAAAGCAACUGGUAUGUUGUCUAGUUAACUGUAGCCCUUCCAGAACUUUUAAGGCAAUGGCUGCACACAGAAGCCAGUGGGUUUGGUUUAGAAGAUUGUUUGUAACACUUUCAAGUUACACGUACGUAAACAUGCUCCAGAAAUUUUAGCAUUCGAUAUUGAUAUGUACCUUGUCAGUCGAUCUGGAUUGUAAAUGUGCCUUACAGCACACUUUAAGCAAAAGGCUUCCGAUGAUCAAGAACAGCAAUUUCCAGAUCAUAUCCUUUACUACACAGUGAAAGUUUGUUAUAUAGAGUCGAUCAUGUUGAUACAAUGAUACUGAAACUUUUAACCCUACCCAAGUGAUAGUUCUUGCUAAAAGCCUUAUUCCAGUGUUAUUGCUGGCAACAA